AAACUACCAAUCUCCAAACCUAGCUAAAACAACUCAUAUAUACUCCUAUAUAUAUAUAUAGGAGUACUAGUUGAAAUUCGCAACAAAUUAAUGGAAAGAGUAAGCAGAAUGAUAGCUGAAAAGCCAGUGGUAAUAUUCAGCAAGAGUUGUUGCUGCAUGAGCUUCUCCAUUAAGUCUCUUUUUUCCGACCUCGGUGUUAACACUGCGGUUUACGAGCUCGAUGAGAUGCAACGUGGCCGUGAGAUAGAGGCGGCGCUUUCGACACUUGGCUGCAAUCCAACGGUUCCGGCAGUGUUCAUUGGUGGCAAAAUGGUGGGUGGAGAAAGUGAGGUGAUGAGUCUUCAUCUCCAAGGGGCCUUAAAACCCAAACUCAAAGCUGCAGGAGCUUUGUGAGUUUAAUAACCUAACUUAGAAAUAAUCACGGUGAUUAAAAAGGAAUAACAAUGAUCAUGUGGUGAUGUUUUUCUUUUUUGAGAAUAAUACACCCAGUUAGUGUCUGGAUACUAGCUAGGAGAGCAACAAAUUAAAAAAUUGUGAUGAAGGAUAACUAAUUCUUCAUCGGUAAUUAGAGAAUUCUGUUUCGAACUUCGAACUUUAUUUAGCAUAUAAAGCUCUAGUUAGGAGUACUACUUUUAUUUAACAUGACCUACCAUGACCUACCAACUUUGUGAAACCCAUUCCAAUUCAAUUCCUCCGAAACCACCGGAUAUCCGAGCUACAGAACCACCACCGGAUAUUAUUCCUCAUAAUUCAAAUUCACCAAAUCAUAAAAAUAUUUUAUUAUCCAAUCCCAAUACUAUUUCAUUGAAACUGACCCGUAUGAAAAGUCAGAUGCCAAUAAUGCACAAGAGUCGAUGCAUAUGUAUACAGAUAUGCAUAAAACAAUUAUGGGUAUUAAAACCAUUUCUCUAACCGAGGAAGAAAAGCAAAGGCUUCAGAUGCCUUGGAAACACUCACUAGUUAUCAAACUGCUGGGUACACGAAUGGUCCAUCACUAUCUCAAAUCAAGAAUACAAGAACUAUGGAAACCAACAGAGCAAUUUCCUCUCAUAGAUCUUGGAGCAGACUAUUACAUCGUCAAGUUUCAACACGAAGAAAACAUGCGACAUGCCCUCCAAAAGGGCCCAUGGUGUAUUAAUGGUCACUUCCUCUCCCUCAAGCGGUGGGAGCCAAAUUUUGUUCCGUCGUUGGCAACACCGGUGCGCACGGCGGUGUGGGUUAGACUCCCUCAACUUCCCACAGAAUUUUACGAUGGUGAAAUACUCCGGAAAGUGGGAAACUCAAUUGGCGCCCUUUUAAAAGUAGACGCCUGUACGAGUGCCACACUUAGGGGAAGGUAUGCAUGGUUGUGUGUUCAAGUACCUCUAGAGGUACCGGUUACGACAAUCAUACAAAUUGGAGCACACCGACAAAAGAUAGUAUAUGAGUGCGAUGGUUUUCUCUGCACGUCUUAUGGUCGAUUAGGACACACCAAUCAGAAAUGUCCUCAUCCCCAACACGACAAGAGCUCUGUCAACCGGACCUCUGCCCCCAACACCACAGAUAUAUCCACUCCCAAAGCAGAACCCCCGAAUCUGCGAUGGGAGACGGCGCGUUUUCCCAGAAGGAAGAAGCAUGGAACUACUCCAAGGGGUGACUCUACACCAACACCACCGACUUCAAUAUCUCAGGUGAACAAUUCCAAUGAUAAAGUUGGUGGACCAGGUAUCAAUGUAAAAAUUUAUUCCGCUGACUCUGGUAAGUUUAUUAGUUCUCAAAAAUUAUCUUUCAAAUUGAAAGGAAGUCAGUCGGGUACUCCUCGUACUUCAAUUCCUAGUUCAAGUAAUUUAUUUGGUAGUGUAAAAUCUCAUGCUGGUCGAAAUUCUAAAACUAAAGCUUUAAAUUCUCCACAUGUUAGCAUUACUAGUUUAAUUAAUGAGAAUAAUAUUUUAAGUUCCCCAAAGCUUGGCACUUGUAGUACUAGUAGUAGUUCAGUUAAUGAGCACAUUACUCUAUCUGGUACUUGUAGUAAAGUUCAAAAGUGUUCUGCCAUUUCUUCGGCUCAUUCCCCUAUUUUGUCUUCAACCCCAAAAAAUGAAUCUCCCAUUUCGUCUCCUACUCAAAUCUUUCUUGAGACUUCCAAUCCUUUUGUUGCCCUCAAUCCAAUGGAAACUGAUCUUCCUACUAAUAACCAUACCCUUUCGAUACAAUCGAAAAUGGGACCUAGGACUAGAGUGCCACCUGUCAAAAUCGUGUCCCACCAAAGAAAGACUCUAGAGAAAUCCUCUACACGUCACUCACCCUAUCAUCGCCACGUAACAGACAGCUCAUUAAGAGCUGAUAUGGAAAUAGAUAAAAAUAAUAACAAUUACUCCCUCAUCCAAUUGGCAAACCCCAUUGGCCAGGUGGCCAUGCAAACUUCUGAAGAAAAUAUUGCUCCUCCCCAACUUACACCCAAUGCCAUGCAGAACCAUUCCUUAUAUAAAGAUCCUCAAUCAUCUCCUCCAAACCCACACUCAACAACCUAUUCUAUAAGCUCUACAAAUUCUCAUCAACUAUAUGAACCAAAGACAGACUGAAAAAAAGACAACCAAAGACAAAAUACUGGAGGAGUUUAUCUAUAGGAGGAGCGAUAAUGGACGAAUUACCUAAAAAAUACAGUUAUUCCACAAACACAAUUCCACAAACACAAUGAUACUCUUUCAUCAUCUCUGUCUAUGGCCUUUGCCAAUAUACUGCUUACUCGGAUGAGUUGCAUUUCGUUUUCCUCUAGUGCUACAAGUCUUCACAUGGGCUAUAAAUUAAAUCCAAUCCCGCUUAAUUUAAUUAGCUUCUUCACGUUGUGCUUUCUGGAGAAAUGAUUCUAGAUGCCAGUGAGAUCUUCUAUAACUUUGGAUGCAUCAUGCUGAACAUGAAUCUCUAGAGUUUUCGGUAACAGAUCUAUGACUAUCCACAAAUGGAAGAAAUAAGCUUAUUAGCACUCGAUCGGAGGCUCAACAUAAGCCUGUCAAUUGGGCCGGGUCGGCCCGGGACUGGCCCACCUAACCCGGCCCAUAACCAGCCCGGCCCCCAACCCGGUAAGAGGGUGGUGGGCUGGGCUAGUGGAAAAAAUGAGGGGGCUGGGCCGGACAUGCCAUUUAGCUUGGUAGCCCAGCCCACCAACAACCCGGGUUCUGGCCCACUGGGGCCCGACCCACUGGGGCCCGGCCCACUUCGAACUAAUUUUUUUUUAAUUUUAUUUAAGUGGCAUAUUUGUGUAUAUCUUGUAUAUGUUAAUGGUACAUUUGUGUAUAUCUUGAAUAUGUUGUUGGAAUGAAGACUCCCAAUGACUAUUUAAGUGCUAAAAAUUAUAAAAAGUUGAGAAUGUGAUACAAGACUACAUAAGUAAUUUAAAAUAAAACUUCAAACUUAAAUUGAUAACAUUGCAGAUUAAAAACAUACAAACUCGAAUGGUUAACUUAUUACAAAUGAAAAGUUCAAAACACUAGCAUCGAUGGAGAAUUUUAAAGAAGAGAUAAACUUCAAAGUUCAAUUUUGUGUCUUUUGUCCAAGUGCCUACGUAACGGACCGGAACCCCAAAAAAUCGGUUCGGACUUAUGGAGAUAUAUUUGACCACAAUGUUGACAUUUAACAUUUUCCUCGUCUACUCGCUCAAAAUGCAACCGCACCGGACUUGAAAUUGAUCUUCGGACUGGAGGAGGAGGUGGAGGAUUAUCAUUAUCCAUUAAAUUUAAAUUUUGAAAUUUGAACUUGGAAGUUGGAAGAGAGAGAGAGAGAGAGAUUUAGAUGAGUAGGAAAUUAGGGAAAGAGGAGAGUAGGGAAUUGUGAGACAAUAUGAAAAAGAAUGAAUGAUAUUUAUAGAUUGAAAAUAGAGUCAAAGUAUAAUUUAAGAAACUUGAUGGUUAAAAAUAAAGUUGACAACAACUAGAUUUUAAAGUAUUAAAUUUAAUAAAUUUUAGUAUUAGAUUUAAAAAAAAAAAAAUUAAAAUCCGACCCGGCCUACUAACUAAAACCCGACCCGGCCCACUUAGCCCACUAUGUACCCCUACCCGGGUAGGGGCUGGGCCGGACACCGCUUUCCCUCCUCCAACCCGGCCCCAUGUGACCCGCAUUUAUAUGGCCUGGCCCGCCUCACUUGAUAGGCUUAGCUCAACACCUUGUCCUUCAAGGUAUGAAAUUAAGAAUUUAUGGACAUAGCCAUAGCAAAUGUUCUGCGAAAUUAUUAGCUGGGAAUACAAAAAGAUAUUACCAACUCUGAAGUUAAAAAGAUAACGUUGUGCAAUUCAUUUAAUAUGUUCAUAAUUUCAUAUCGGCUGUAUACAUUGUAUUUUAUGCAUUCAUAAAUUUCACAUGAGUAGCGGAAUAGACUCAAUAAUUAUUACGACGAAAUACAGUUACAAUUUUGUAAUUAAUAUUGAAGAAAUAAUUUAUUUCUGAAGGUUAGACUUUUCACUAUGUAAAUGAAUCUGGCCUAUAGUUUACAUUUAAUUCGUUGCAACUCUUCAAAUUCUUCAAAGUUUUGGAGUAAGAAAGAGAAUUUUUUUCCUAAUUUAACUUUUUAACUUUUUUUUUAUUAUCUUUAAUUGAAUGCACAUUUACAUCUUUGUACAUGAAUAUUGAAGCAAAUUUCAUGAUUAAAGGAUAAAAACGUCCUUCAAUUUUUAAUGUAUAUUUUGGUAAUUCAACAUUUCACUACUUUUGCGUAGGCGCUUUGUGCGUGACCAAAGCGCGUAGCUCAUUUGAUACCGAACACUAUAAGAAAAAAUUGGAUUUAUCUAAGAACUUCAUCGUUAAAUUGCUCAUAGGUAAGAUUUUUUUUAAAGCAACCAAAUAAGAACUAAAGACCAUACUUCAUACAAACAAUUUUGUUUUAUACUCCGUAAGUCUUUUAAUUAGUUUACAAAAUUUAAUGCUAUAUAAUCAUGAAUUACAAGAAAUCUGUGUAUUAUAUUUACUGUAAUGUUGUUCUCGUUUUCACUAAUGAUUUUCUACGUGACUUUCCAACAAUUGUACUAAUAUAUUUUUCCAUCCUCCUGUCCUGAUGGCAUAACCAACUUUGCGUUGUUCUACUAAAUUUUUUUAUAUAACCAGUUGACUUACAACUUUAAAACUUUCAGCAUAACCAACUUUGCGUUGUUCUACUAAAUUUUUUUAUAUAACCAGUUGACUUACAACUUUAAAACUUUCAGCAUAUGUUAAAUACUCACAUUAAGUAUAAGCCAUUGAUAUUUCUACCUUGUUGUGUCAUUUGUUUAGCUGAAUAAUUUCCUAUUGUUAAUAUCAUAAUUUUCUUGAAUUGUUGUAGUAAUUCUCCAAAGAAAUAUAUACUAACUAAAAGAAGAUGUAAAUUAAAACUGCUAUGCCAGCACAAGUUGCCUAUUUCUAGUAACAAAAUUAAAUGUAAUACUAUGAAAAAAUGAUAUGAAUGCUAUUGAAAAUCCUUAAUCUUUUUCUAUCUUGAUUCUUUUAUUAUAUGUUGAAUGAGAGUCUUCUUUUUCUUCGUCAUCCCUUUUCUGUUCUUGAUUUCUAUUAUUUCUUCGGCCAUUUCGAUAGUAGGAAUAACUUCAUACAUCUCUUUAGUAAUUAAGCUCCUUUUGACGCCAUUGCCCUGAAUUCUCUUAUUAAGAGCCCGUUUGGAUUGACUUAUAAGUUGCCUAUAAGCUGUUUUCAGCUUUUUUGAGUGUUUGGUUGACCAGCUUAAAGCUAUUUUGUGCUUAAAAUAAGCUCAAAAAAUUAAUUGGGUUUAUUUGGCUUAACUUAUCUAAAGUAGCUUAUAAGCUGAAAACAACUUAUAAAUCAAAAAAAAUAAGUUGGACUAUACCAACUUACUUUUUUUUGGCUUAUAAACUGUUUGCUUUUUUUAAGCCCAUCCAAACAGGCUCUAACUAUUGACCAAAAAAGUGAUACCUUUACUUAAGAUCAACUUCUGAUAAAACUUUGAUUUUUUUUUAUUUUUUUUUGCAGUAUCAAAAGGAUUGGAUUAACAAAAAUAU